AUGGAUGAGGAGAAUUUCACACUGGUAUCAAGAAAGAAGAAGGCGCGCACGGCGCCUCGUAAGACUCAGUGUGGUACCGCCGAACCGGCUAAUUCUGGCUUGCGGAUUGCUACACCGAGUAAGGCGCUGUACGUAUCGCGCUUGCAUUACACCGCCACGGCUGCUGAAGUGGUGGAGUAUGUACACCAGAAGACCGCAAAAUGCGGACUAAACGAAGUAUACGACGUAUGUCCCGCCCCCUGCCCGCCCAAGAAGUGCAACGUCAACGAAGCAGUCAUCAGAUGCAAAGCGCCGCCCAAGCCAGGCGACAAAGAGUGCAAACCGGGAUGCCGGUGUGCUGACAACUAUUACAAGAACGCUACAGGAACCUGUGUGCUGAAGAAGCAUUGCGAAAAACCUUUGCCUUGCCCAAAAAACGAGCAGUAUAAUCCUUGUCCUAUGAUCUGCCCUCCUCAAAAAUGUGGCAUUGACAUAACUGUAAUUCUAUGCAUGCGAAACCCAGAAUAUGGUGAUCCUAGAUGUAAACCACGCUGUGUGUGCAAGGACGGAGAACUACGGAACUAUGCCAACCAAUGUGUCCCCAAAGAUAAAUGCCCACCCAAAUGUGGACUUAACGAAGUACUGAGCUCUUGCAUCAACGGAUACUGCGGCUACAGAAAUUGCAGCGAACUCGGAGGACCCAUACUAUGUGUGGAUCCUCCUCCCAACGGGUGUAUCAAGGGCUGCGUGUGCGCCGAUGGAUAUCUGCGAGCGGAUAACGGAACUUGUGUCCCUGAAGACCAGUGUGCACGUACUUGCGAUCUUCACGAACAAUACAGCUCAUGCACCAACGGAGGAUGCGAUGCACGAAACUGCAGUCAACUUGGCAAGCCAGUGCCCUGCAUAAAAAUUGACCCUAAAUAUUGCAUCAAGGGGUGCGUUUGCGUAAAGGGCUACUUGAGGGCCAAGAACGGGACUUGUGUGCCAGAGGAUCAAUGCAAUACAAAAUGCGGACUAAACGAAGUAUACGACGUAUGUCCCGCCCCCUGCCCGCCCAAGAAGUGCAACGUCAACGAAGCAGUCAUCAGAUGCAAAGCGCCGCCCAAGCCAGGCGACAAAGAGUGCAAACCGGGAUGCCGGUGUGCUGACAACUAUUACAAGAACGCUACAGGAACCUGUGUGCUGAAGAAGCAUUGCGAAAAACCUUUGCCUUGCCCAAAAAACGAGCAGUAUAAUCCUUGUCCUAUGAUCUGCCCUCCUCAAGAAUGUGGCAUUGACAUAACUGUAAUUCUAUGCAUGCGAAACCCAGAAUAUGGUGAUCCUAGAUGUAAACCACGCUGUGUGUGCAAGGACGGAGAACUACGGAACUAUGCCAACCAAUGUGUCCCCAAAGAUAAAUGCCCACCCAAAUGUGGACUUAACGAAGUACUGAGCUCUUGCAUCAACGGAUACUGCGGCUACAGAAAUUGCAGCGAACUCGGAGGACCCAUACUAUGUGUGGAUCCUCCUCCCAACGGGUGUAUCAAGGGCUGCGUGUGCGCCGAUGGAUAUCUGCGAGCGGAUAACGGAACUUGUGUCCCUGAAGACCAGUGUGUAAUUUUAGCACGUACUUGCGAUCUUCACGAACAAUACAGCUCAUGCACCAACGGAGGAUGCGAUGCACGAAACUGCAGUCAACUUGGCAAGCCAGUGCCCUGCAUAAAAAUUGACCCUAAAUAUUGCAUCAAGGGGUGCGUUUGCGUAAAGGGCUACUUGAGGGCCAAGAACGGGACUUGUGUGCCAGAGGAUCAAUGCAAUAGUAAGUUAAAUUUUUUCUGGUUCAUAGAUAUAAUUAAUGAGGGUACUGAUCGAGCGGCUCCCAAGGAGAAGCUCCCUGUUGCCAGUAUGGAUGAGGAGAAUUUCACACUGGUAUCAAGAAAGAAGAAGGCGCGCACGGCGCCUCGUAAGACUCAGUGUGGUACCGCCGAACCGGCUAAUUCUGGCUUGCGGAUUGCUACACCGACAAAAUGCGGACUAAACGAAGUAUACGACGUAUGUCCCGCCCCCUGCCCGCCCAAGAAGUGCAACGUCAACGAAGCAGUCAUCAGAUGCAAAGCGCCGCCCAAGCCAGGCGACAAAGAGUGCAAACCGGGAUGCCGGUGUGCUGACAACUAUUACAAGAACGCUACAGGAACCUGUGUGCUGAAGAAGCAUUGCGAAAAACCUUUGCCUUGCCCAAAAAACGAGCAGUAUAAUCCUUGUCCUAUGAUCUGCCCUCCUCAAGAAUGUGGCAUUGACAUAACUGUAAUUCUAUGCAUGCGAAACCCAGAAUAUGGUGAUCCUAGAUGUAAACCACGCUGUGUGUGCAAGGACGGAGAACUACGGAACUAUGCCAACCAAUGUGUCCCCAAAGAUAAAUGCCCACCCAAAUGUGGACUUAACGAAGUACUGAGCUCUUGCAUCAACGGAUACUGCGGCUACAGAAAUUGCAGCGAACUCGGAGGACCCAUACUAUGUGUGGAUCCUCCUCCCAACGGGUGUAUCAAGGGCUGCGUGUGCGCCGAUGGAUAUCUGCGAGCGGAUAACGGAACUUGUGUCCCUGAAGACCAGUGUGGUUGUGACGGCGAUCCAAAUGCAGAGAAAGGAUGUGGUUACCACUGCGGCAAUACUUGUACCACCUACAAGGCCAAACAUCCGAUCUGUCCCCGUAUACCUUGUAAACGUGACGGCUGCGAGUGCAAAAAGGGCUUCGUGUUUGACACCAAUCUACAGCAGUGCGUCUUACCAGAGGAUUGUACACCUAUUUGUGGUCUUCACGAACAAUUCAGCUCUUGCGCCAACGGAGGAUGUGGUCACAUAAAUUGUAGUCAGAUUGGACAACCAGUACUGUGUAUAGACCUGAUCCCAAGCGCUUGCAUUAAGGGGUGCAUCUGUGUGGAAGGUUAUCUGCGAGAUGACAAAGGAAAAUGCGUUCCUGAGAAAGAAUGUCCUGCAAAAUGCGGACUAAACGAAGUAUACGACGUAUGUCCCGCCCCCUGCCCGCCCAAGAAGUGCAACGUCAACGAAGCAGUCAUCAGAUGCAAGGCGCCGCCCAAGCCGGGCGACCCUGAGUGCAAACCGGGAUGCCGGUGUGCUGACAACUAUUACAAGAACGCUACAGGAACCUGUGUGCUGAAGAAGCAUUGCGAAAAACCUUUGCCUUGCCCAAAAAACGAGCAGUAUGAUCCUUGUCCUAUGAUCUGCCCUCCUCAAGAAUGUGGCAUUGACAUAACUGUGAUUCUAUGCAUGCGAAACCCAGAAUAUGGUGAUCCUAGAUGUAAACCAAGCUGUGUGUGCAAGGACGGAGAACUACGGAACGAUGCCGGUCAAUGUGUCUCCAAAGAUAAAUGCCCCCCAAAAUGCGGUGAAAACGAACACUGGAAGCAAUGCUACUACAGCUGCGGCGGCAACCAGACUUGCGACGAUAUCGGCAAAAAAUGGAAUUGUCCCGCGAAACUGAAGUGCUUGAGCGGUUGCAGGUGCGAUGAGGGAUACUGGAGGGACAAGAACGGCAGGUGCAUACCGGAAAAACAAUGUCCAAAGAAAUGUGCUAGAAACGAGCACUAUGAUCCAUGCUACUAUAACUGCGGCGGCAACCAGACUUGCGGUGAAAUCGGAAAAAAAUGGAAUUGCCCCGCGAAACUGAAGUGCUUGAGCGGUUGCAGGUGCGAUGAGGGAUACUGGAGGGACAAGAACGGCAGGUGCAUACCGGAAAAACAAUGUCCAAAAAAAUGUGGUAGAAACGAGCACUAUGAUCCAUGCUACUAUAACUGCGGCGGCAACCAGACUUGCGACGACAUCGGAAAAAAAUGGAAUUGUCCCGCGAAACUGAAGUGCUUGAGCGGUUGCAGGUGCGAUGAGGGAUACUGGAGGGACAAGAACGGCAGAAAGAGACAUAAUACAACAGAGGUAUAUAGGAGGUUGCUAAGUUUUAUGAAUAAGGGGGUAAAUGUUUUAUGUCAACCCGCAGCAAAAAAAUGUGGUAGAAACGAGCACUAUGAUCCAUGCUACUAUAACUGCGGCGGCAACCAGACUUGCGACGAUAUCGGCAAAAAAUGGAAUUGUCCCGCGAAACUGAAGUGCUUGAGCGGUUGCAGGUGCGAUGAGGGAUACUGGAGGGACAAGAACGGCAGGUGCAUACCGGAAAAACAAUGUCCAAAAGAAUGUGGUAAAAACGAGCGCUGGGACACAUGUUACCUCAACUGCGGCGUCGGGCAGAGUUGCAACGACGUCGGUAAGAACUGGACAUGUCCCGACCAGCCGAAAUGCCAGAUCGGCUGCAGGUGCGAUAUUGGACACUGGAGGAAUAAGAAAGGGAUAUGUGUUCCGGAAAAGGAAUGCCCUAUAAAACGCUGCGGCAAAAACGAAUAUUGGGAGCCUUGUAUUCAGGACUGCCGGAACCAGUCAUGCAACUUGUUAGGCAAACCGGCGGGGAGCUGCCCUGGUCGAAGACUAGGACAGUGCAACAGUGGUUGCAGGUGCUUGCCCAAACACUACAGAGAUUGGACCGGCACUUGUAUUCCAGAGAGCGAAUGUCGUAAGUAAAACUAACUUGGUGUUG